AUGUAUGAAGAUCAGCUUUCAAAAUUAUUGUCAUCAGAGACAAAGCAGACUUUGAGUCAACAUAUAUUCCAUAGUGUUGAGUUAACAGAGCAGAUACAAAAGAUGAUGAAAGAUUUCAUUAAAUCAUAUAAAGAUUUGAGUUACAAUUUCAACCCAGUAAGCAUGCUGCCAAUAGAUUAUCCAUGCAAAAAAACAUCUCUUGAUAAUAGCUGCCUAAUAAUGACAGCUUAUGAGUUAUUUCAAGGCUUAAAUAGUAAUGAUGUUGUGGCAAGUUCGUUAUGUGAUAGGUUAGAGAAAAUUACUAUCUUAGGAAUUCAAGUAAUAGGAUGCCACACAUCUGUUUUUGCAUCAGAUUUAAUCAAAGAAAAAAUUCUUGAAAUGACAACAAAUAUGAAAGAUGAAAUUGACAGUCUGUCAAUAGUUAACAUUAUUAAUACUAAUACUAAUAACCCAUCAGCAAUGUCCACCACAACUUAUUCCCCACCAAGGAGGUGA